AUGUUCGUCGAACAUGGUAUACGCGGCGGUCUGAGUCAAUAUUCCAAGAGAUACGCGCGAGUCAACAAUAAGUACAUGCAGUCAUACGAUCCAUCGUCGUCGUAUUUAAUGUAUUUCGAUGUAAACAAUUUAUAUGGCUGGGCAAUGUGUCAACCAUUACCAUACAGAGAUUUUCAAUGGGUCAACGACGUAACAAAUUUUAAUGUUUUGGCUGUUGCGUUAGAUUCCCCGAUAGGCUACAUUCUAGAGAUAGAUUUGGAAUAUCCUCAAAAUCUUCACGACGCGCACACUGACCUAUCGUUCUGUCCGAC